AUAAUAUUGGUAGCAUUGUUAUAUGUUAAUAAAUCGUGCAAGAUUGUGAUGGGGGAUCAGUCUCGUGGUAUCUGCCGGUGAUUUUAAGUGAAUAUUCUUGUAUAAAAAUAUUUAUAAUUUUGUUGUAUGACCGUGCAAUUAGAUAAACAUAAGAUGUUUAUAAUAUUUCGUACGCUUCUCAUACUCAUUCAUCUUUUAUACAGCUUACGGUUAAUAAUUUAUAAUAGCUGUUUAAUUGUUCAUCGAAAGUGUAUAGGAUAUUGGUAUAAAAAAAAUCCAAAGAUUGAAAUAGAAAUGCUUGUGCACAGUAUGAAUAAAUUAAGUAAACUGCCAGAGCAUGUGGUUAUUUUGGGAGAAAAGAAAGAUUGUAUCAAAGAUUCAAUACAAAUAAUAUCUUGGUGUAUUACAUUGGGUAUACCUUUCAUUAGCUUUUAUGGACGGAAAGACUUUUUGUCACAACACGAAAAUGCUAUAAAACAAGAGUUUGCUAUUCGGAGACCAGAAUUAAUGGAAUAUAUUAAUUGGAGUCAGUUGCACAUUCCACACAAAGAAAAUGGAAUUACAGGUUCUAACACUAUGAUUCGAAUAUUAUUACCAUGUAAAAAUAGUGGAAAGGGUGGAGUAGUAUUGUUAACUCAACAUUUAGCAGAGGCUGUAACAACAAAAAAUUUAAAAAUAGAAGAAAUCAAUGAAAAUUUUAUUCGUGAAAAAAUGACGUUAAAAGGGAUUCCUGAUCCUGAUUUAGCUUUAAUACAUGGACAUAUUUGCUCUACAUAUGGUUUUCUUCCAUGGCAUAUUAGGACAACAGGAUUUAUGACAUUACCUGAAUGUCACAAUGUGUCAGUAAAGGAUUUUAUUUGGAUACUAAAAAAAUAUAGUAAGCGAGAACAACGAUAUGGUGAAUAAUAUUAUUUAUAAAUAAUUUCUUUAUGUAUUUGUGUGAAAAAAAGACAAUUGAAUUGAAUCCUUUGGUAAAGACUGAGCAGGAGAUAAAUAAGAGGAAUUGUUUUGUAAUAAAUAAUGACUUUUCAGUAUAAAGUGACAAUAUUUUUGUCGCAAUUUAAUUUGAUUGCGUAAUUAAGAAUUUUCUAUUUAUUAAAAAUAAAUAGAUUGUUAUUCUUAUAUUAGAUCAUUGAAGUCAUUAAGAAUCUUAGGUUUUAAGAGAAAAAUGUAUGUAUCAAUUAUACAAUUUUUAAAGUCUUAUUAUUUUCUAAUUUACAUAAUAUGUAAGUGUAAGUAUGUAUAAAUGCAUUGUAAUUCUUAAAUAACUGGUAGAAAAUAAUUAAAUUACUGUUAAUUGUGUUAAAAUAGGAUAGUGAGAAAGAUAGACAUAGUAUCUGUCAAUAUGUUGUCUCAUUAUUACAUUAUAUUUUUCUUUUUUUUUUUUUUAUUUAAUCAUUAAUGUAGAAAAAUAUAUGGGAGAAAUGAAUUUAUAAUUUACAUAUUUGAUGGAGAUGAUAUUUUAAAAUGUGACAUCUCUGCUGUUUUCAACGAUGCGUCGUCUUUCGUGCAACAAUUCUAAAAAUUUUGCUCUUGGACUUUCAGGACGAUAUCGCCAUCUUUCCCAGGAAUAUGGCUUAGUAUCGGUAACGGUAGCUCGAUGGAAUAUUCUUGAAUUGGCAAAAUUCAGUGUUUCAUUUUUUGUACAUCUCAAAAAAGUGUUUGUCAUUAACCUUGGAAAGCCAUUAUCCUCGAAUGAUUUUCCUAAAUGUUCGUAAUACCUUAUAGGCUUCAUUAAAAUACUACUUGACAAUUCUA